AUGGGCGUGUGGAAGGAGUCCAGGAAUGGCAAAUCCAAUCCGCUGGCUUCUGGAGCCGAGUCGGAAAACAGCCGCAGGAAGAGGACCGCCUUCUCCAAGGAGAACGUGGCUCUUCUGCGGGCCACUUUUGAGAAACACCCCUACCCUGGAAUCAGCUUGCGAGAGAGGCUCUCCCAGCAGACAGGCCUACCCGAGUCACGCAUCCAGGUGUGGUUCCAGAACAGGAGAGCCAGGACCUUGAAGCACAGAGGCAAUAAACAGUCCUCAUGGAAGCAGAAGCCUGUGCCUCCUAAGCAUGCCACGGGCAUGAUAAACAAUGAAUGGAACGAGGGCUAUUUCUACAAUCACUCCUCUUUUCUCACUGCUCAUGGAACUCAGAGCCUGGCUUCAGCAGGAGACUUGGGUUACUUCAACGCCUCAGAUGGCUUUCUGGAGUGCCAGAUGUUGGGUACCAGUGCCGGUUUCCCUCUGAUGAAUCCAGGUACCCAUUAUCUACCAGGUAACUUCGGUAUGAGAGCUGACUUGCCAUGCAGCAACUCCAUGUGGAGCCCAGCACUACCAGAGAACAGAAGCUAUAGCUCAAAUGCCCAGGAACUCUUUCAAAGCACAGCUCAAGCUGAAAAAAGCUCCCUCUACAGAAAUGAUAGUUACCCAUUUGAAGCCCUUGCUAUGCCAGACUCUGGCUACUGGGAUGUGAGUCAGGGGAACAACCCACUUGUUCCUCACUGCUUUCAGUACAGCAAGUCUUUGGAGCAACAGCUUGCUGAGAUCUCAAAUCCCCUAGAAUCACGAAUCCAGCUGCCAGAGCCAGAACCCUCACUGCUUUCUCUGGUGGAAAUCUUGGACAAUUUGCAGCCCCAGUGGUGAGAAUCCACUGUACCUGUAAAGCCAAUUGUGGAAAAAUGAUCUGUUGCUGACACGCAUCAGGCUCCUCGGCUGAGACCUGUACUGUGAAAUGUUUUCAUCCUCCUUAACUAUUUACACAUAGAGUUUAUGACUGCAGUGGAGUUAAAUGUAUGAAUAUAGUGAACCAGCGAUUGUGUGGAGGA